AUGUUUUUUUGGAAUAGCUUGGUUCCGAAAAAGGUAGGCAUUGUCUCGUGGCGUGCCUUAUCGGAACGGCUUCCAACAAAAGCUGCAUUGGUGACUCGAAAUAUAGAUGUGGGGAAUAUAUGCUGCCAGCUAUGUAAUGAUUACCCGAAAACUAGUGAUCAUUUAUUUGCGGCAUGUCACUUUUCGCAAGCGAUUUGGUUGGUGAUUGCACAAUGGUGUAAAAUCCCACCGCUGAUUUUGUUUAGCCUUAAGGAUGUGGUGGAUAUUCGAUUUGCUGUAUCGGGUUCGAAGAGAAAAAAGAAGCUCAUCAACGCCAUAUUUCAAGUUGUGAUUUGGAGUAUUUGGAGGUUGAGGAAUGAGGUCAUCUUCCGACAGGUUGAGCCAACUAUGUCAAGGGUGAUAGAAGAAUCUAAAUCAAUGUCAUUCUUGUGGAUUAAAAAUAGGCUAAAGUCGGCUAAUUGGUCUUGGGGCGAAUGGAGAAACUUUAGUUUUAUCUGUGUUGGUUUUGUGAUUAUUUUAAUGUUCUGUGAGAUUUAUAGAGAAAACGAGAAUCCGAUUGCAAGCUCACCGGCGAAGGAAGCAUACAGGAAUCGGCUGGCGGACAGCCUCAACAUGGGAGUUAUGGAUUGGUUUGAUCCAAUUGCUGAUUCGACUACUAGCCAUCUCGACCUGAUUCCCCACAUGGUUUAG